UUUUUUCUGUUUGUUUUUUGUUUUGUUUUGAUUAGUCUUGUAAACAAAAAAAUAAAUGAUAAUUCGAGUUUACAAAAAUAUGGACUCUGGUCCAGGUCUCACGUUUGAAAUAAAAUACCAUAAAUUUUCUUUUAAAAUCAAAAGCAUCAUCUGCACAUAAUUGUAAGUACUAGUUUUCUCGAAUAAAAUCCAUUCAAAGGGUUGAUCUAUCUCAACAAAAAAAAUUCAUGGGCACACCGAAGAUCGAAUCAUAAACCAAAUGGUUAAAAGACUCAAAUAUCUACGCCACACUUCGUAAGCUUUUUUUUGUUCAUAAACAAUGUAAACUUUAAAGUUUAAAUCUAUGGAAAAAAACAAAUGUCUAAUAGGUAAUCUUUUAAAAAAAAAAAUGUGUCCUCGUGUCCCACGAUUGAAUUAUUAAAUUUCAGUUUAAUAAUCUAUGGUGAUGUAAGAACUGCACCACGAGUCCCAAAGAUUUAGAUAAACGGCUAUAAAGAACCAAAUACACUACAGAGUUUGACCUCCAAAACAUUGUACCCUCGAAAACUACAGUCACAAUCAUCAUGGAGAAGGAAAAUGAACCAAAGUUGAAAUCAAUUUUCCUUCCUUUUCUUUCAACAAGUCACAUAAUUCCAUUAGUAGACAUGGCAAGACUCUUUGCUCUUCACAACGUGGAUGUUACCAUAAUCUCCACAAAACACAACUCCACCAUUUUCCAAAACUCCAUUAACCUUGAUUCAUCACGUGGAAGAUCCAUUAGAACACACAUCAUAGAAUUCCCAGCUAGCAAAGUUGGUCUCCCAAUAGGAAUUGAAGCUUUCAAUGUCAACACACCAAAAGAAAUGAUCCCAAAAGUUUACAUGGGUCUAUACAUUCUCCAACCCGAAAUCGAAAGCCUAUUCGAAACACUUCAACCUGAUUUCAUUGUCACUGACAUGUUUUUUCCUUGGUCAGCAGAUGCUGCAAAGAAACUUGGCAUUCCUAGGAUUAUGUUUCAUGGUGCUAGUUAUCUUGCUCGAUCCGCUGCGCAUUCUGUUGAACAAUUUGCUCCACAUUUGAAUGUUGAAUCCGAUACUGAAAAAUUCGUUAUUCCGGAUUUACCUGAUAAAUUGGAGAUGACCCGGUUGCAGUUACCGGAUUGGCUUCGAUCUCCGAAUCAAUAUACGGAGUUAAUGAAAGUGAUUAAAGAAUCAGAAAGAAAAAGCUUUGGUUCUGUUUUCAAUAGUUUUUAUGAGCUUGAAAGUGAUUAUUAUGAUCAUUACAAGAAAGUUAUGGGAACUAAAAGUUGGGGACUAGGACCUGUUUCUUUGUGGGUUAAUCAAGAUGACUCAGAUAAAGCUGCAAGAGGAUAUGCAAAGAAAGAACAAGGUGAAAAAGAAGAAGAAGGAUGGUUGAAAUGGUUGAAUUCAAAACCAGAGAGCUCUGUUUUAUAUGUAAGUUUUGGGAGUAUGAACAAGUUUCCUUAUUCACAAUUAGUUGAAAUUGCACAUGCACUUGAAGAUUCAGGUCAUAAUUUCAUUUGGGUUGUUAGAAAAAAUGAACAAAAUGGAGAAAGUGAUGUCUUUUUAGAAGAAUUUGAGAAGAGAAUGAAGGAAAGUGGAAAAGGUUUCUUGAUUUGGGGUUGGGCACCACAGCUUUUGAUUCUUGAGAAUCCUGCAAUUGGAGGGUUAGUGAGUCAUUGUGGUUGGAACACUGUUGUUGAAAGUGUGAAUGUUGGAUUACCAACAGUGACAUGGCCUUUGUUUGCAGAACAUUUUUUUAAUGAGAAGCUUGUGGUUGAUGUGUUGAAAAUUGGUGUUCCUGUUGGAGCUAAAGAAUGGAGGAAUUGGAAUGAGUUUGGGAGUGAGGUUGUGAAAAGAGAAGAUAUUGGGAAUGCUAUAAGAUUAAUGAUGGAUGGUGGUGAAGAAGAAGUUGCUAUGAGGAAAAGAGUUAAGGAGUUGAGUGUUGAAGCUAAGAAAGCUGUUCAAGUUGGUGGUUCUUCUUAUAAUAAUAUGGUGGAAUUGAUUCAGGAGCUUAAGACAAUUAAACUUGCCAAGGUUUAACCUUAGAAUUUGCCACUAAAAAUCACUUUCUUUCAUUUUUGUUUAAUUAAAUGUUUGUGUUUCUUUUGUUGAUCCUAUGAAUGUGGUUCUGGUACCUAUGAGCUGAAAUAUGAAAGAAAAUGUAAUGUUAUGGAACUUAGAAGCUAAUAAAUAAUGUUGGAUCGGUGAGAUUUUUUGAA